UAUUAUUGGAUUUAUUGUUGUCUUCUUAACAUUUAAAAUAGUUAUUUUUAAUCAAUUACAAUGGUUAGCAAUGAAAAACCCAGUCAAUUGGAUAAGUUGCAUAUCUGCUACAUAUGCGUACAAGAUCAAUAUUACAAGUUUCAACGUUUCCAUCACAAGUUUUCUUGGAUAUUUGUAUCAUUCAUUAUUGAUCUACAAGAAUUUUGUACUAUGGCUUCAAAAAAUAUAUUGCAAGAUAAUGAAAUUGAAGAUCUACUUUUUUUAACACCUCCUGAAGGAUCUGAGGAUGAAUUAGAGGAUUUCAAUAUAGAUGAACUGGUUUGUGAAAAUUAUGAUACUGAUAUGUAUGAUCAUAAUGAUGAUAAUGUUGAUAUUAUUGACCUUCCUGAUUUAGAUCAAAAUAUUUUUAUUCCAAAUAAUGCUAUUGAAUUAGCAGAUCCGAUACUUAUUGUUGUACCCAAUUCUGAAUCUUUAAAUUUAAGGCAGCCUUUGGUAAAUAGUAAUAAAACUAGUGAAGUGUCAGUCGUGCACACUCCAACUGUUGAUAAAAUAAAUACUACUAAACGAACCAAAUUUCGUGAAAUUAAAUCUGUUGUUUGGAAAAAAGCGACCAUUUCAGAUUUCUCCUGA